AUGAGCAGGACAUUACCUUCGGCAACCCACCGACAAUGCCCCAGGAGAAAUUUGAGACAUGUGAACACCAGGUUUGAUCUAGUGUUUGUACUUGACGCCACUUCCAGUGUGUCCAAAUCUAACUUUGAUCUGAUGAAGAAAUUCAUCAAAGAUUUCAUCUAUGAAGACGAUAUUUACAAUGAAAAUGUUAGAAUUGGUGUUGUCACUAGCAGUAACAGUCAUAUCCAGUUCCAUCUUGAUAAGCACAGAACUAAAGAUGACAUCAUCAAUGACAUAGAAGCUAUAGCCUAUCCACCAAAUGACAACACCAACACAGCAGAUGCCAUUAGAACAAUGAGGACAGACAUGUUCACUGAAUCAAAAGGGGAUCGUUUAGAUGUUGAUAACAUCGCCAUAGUACUUACAACUGGUGUCUCCAACAGUCAAAUCAUUCAGUCAGAAUCUGACGCGGCCAGAACAAAGGGCAUUCACAUCUUUGUUGUUGGCAUAGGUCUAAGGGACACCACUCAGUUGGAUGUUAUCGCCAACAAACCAGUUGACCAAAAUAGAUUUACUGUCAAUGAUUUUACAGAUCUCGAGGACUUUAAGGAGGACAUUUUUCCAGUUGUGUGUAAGUCUUUUUAA